GAUUGAGUCUGUUGCACUUAUCUGUUAUAUGGUUGCCUGCAUCAGAAAACAGAUGCUCUGAUAGGACGGAGGAAGCUGGCACUGCAAGAUAUCGUCUUGCCAAGAUUGCCAAAGUAGGAAAGAGAGUUUUGUUUUGGUGCCACCAAAUCAAAGGACAGAAUUCUUCUUCAAGAGAAAUUUCAGGUAUUUCACAAUACUGGUCAAAUUCAUCAGAUACAUUAGUGCUUUCUGUUCAUGAAUGA